GUCUCAACCAAGACGUCUCCAAUCUGCUUCCGCUGCAGAGAGAGGGGGCACAUGGGCACAGAUCCCAAUUGUCCGAAAUUUCCCAAGCAGAUGAAGGAACGUAAACUCCUCCCCAACAUGCUGUGCGAGGUGGAGGAUGCCCYGGGAAUCUGGUUCAUUGCGGACAGUAACYACAACGGKUGGGUAUUUGACGACAACCUGGAAAAACCGGACUGGGUGUGGCAUUACGCAGACCUGGAACCAACUGUCAAGAAACCAGACAUCUUCCCACCGGCAGAUAGUAGAUGGCAGAAGAAAGCCACGGGGAAGGUUACAGGCAACCCAACCAAGAUCAAAUCUGACCCACUGAUAGACUCGCGAGUCAUCAGAGAGGAGAAGGACAGAGAGGAUCUUCUGUGGGAUCUGGAUACGGUCAGGGAGAAUGCAGUCCUGCAUUUCUCUCAGGAACCAAACGCUUUCCGGAACUGGUUGAGAAAUCUAGAACAAGCAAUGGGUAAUAUGAAGAAAGGAACACAGACGGACAACAAAAGAACACUAGACACAUCAGGGAAUAAACAGAACCAGGAAGGUGGGCUCAAAAGGAGGAGGGCGACAAACGACGGGGGAAGUAAGGGAACACCCUCACCUCCACCUGAGAGCGAUGAGAAGGGCAAGACCACAAAGGCAAACGCAACGGACUUGGAUCAGGUUGGGGAGGGGAGCAGCACAGGGGGAAAGUCCCCAAAAGAYAGCGGAGAURAUGYGCCUYAGUCGUUGSAAUGGCUCARMGAGUAUGUGGAGAAGAUCAAAAGGRAGAGGGAAMAUGCUUUUGAUAUUCGGGCGGCKUGCCUGAAACAUGCUGAGAGAUCACAGACGAGCGCAAGGUACAUGGAGAAGCUGGAAGAGUGGCAGGUAGCGACAGAUGUUUCCUUCCAGAUUCCCCGCUUCGAGGAAGGCCAAAAUGUGGCGGUAGUGCUUCGAGAAAAGGUUACCUCAGACUACCCGUUGGGGGCCUAUGAUACAGUGGAAGCGACGCCUGCUCCGGAGACCCCGCAGCAGCUCACAGGUGAAGAAGACACACGAUCGCAGCAAUCAGACCAACGGAGACAAUCUCCCCAAGCCUUUUCACCCUUGAUUGUAAAGCUGGCAAUGACAGCCAGCUUGAAAUCAGGGAUGAAGUGGAGACCUUGGCGGACAUUGACAGCAGUGCCGUACAGCAUCCUAGCAGGCUCUUGUUUACCGGCUGAACUAACUGUAGUGUCGGUGGCCCAGCUUGUCAAAUCAGGCAUGUUGGAGGGAGAUGGUGAUUUGGAUGCGGUGGCCUUCCCACUCGACUGGGAUAGUUUUUACAGGAGAGAGGACUCAGAAAAUGAUCAAAGGGGCUGGCAAUCGGAUGUGGAAAGUGAAGAGGAGAGGCACGGAAAAGUGAUGGGCGAGACGGAUGAGGAGAAAGAGGGAACCUCAAGUACAACGGACCAAGGAAUGAACGUUGAUAGAGAGGCAAGACCGAACAUAGAGGAAGGGGGACAGGGAGUGGACCACAUGGGGGAGGAUACGGGGGGUGAUACACUUGCAUAGACUCUCUCCUGUAUGCAUGAUCAGGGUCUGGUAGAAUGCAGCCCGA